GAACCCUAUUUCCCCAGAUCCCCAGAUUCCCAGAUCGGCAGCCAUUCCCGUGACCCGGGCCUCGGACGCGAGCAGAUCACAAUUACAUAUCGUGGACCGUGAACCCACAGGCAGCAUGUUUCGGUAUAUCAAAGCUGCUCUGGCACCCAACAUUGAGCCAGAGCUACCGCCCGCCUAUUUCGAAUCUCUCAAAGCGGCUCGGAAGCUGUCCUUCACGUCUAGCGACUUCUCCAACCCUCCAGAAUUCGAUCCACUGACGGCGACUGCGUGGGAGCUUUCCGAGCUGUUGAACACCGGGGCACUUACCAGCGUGGAGAUUGUAGAGACGUAUCUUCACCAGAUUGAGCAGCAUAACAGGAGGGGACGCCAAUUACGGGCCUUGAUCUCUGUCGCGCCAAAACAUGAGCUCAUUCGCAUAGCGAAGAAGUUGGAUGCGGAAAGGGCAAGGGGGAAACGAAGAGGGCCGCUUCAUGGCGUGCCAGUGGUGCUAAAGGACAAUAUCAUGACUGAUGCAGACUUGGGAAUGGAUACGACCGUCGGCUCAUAUGCGUUCGUUGGCUGUAUACCAAAGAAGAAUGCUACCAUAGUAGACCGACUCAUCCGGCGAGGCAUCAUCAUCUUGGGCAAAGCCAACCUCACCGAGUUCUGCGGUCUGAAGAAUCCCUCAAUGCCCCCGGGAUGGUCGGCAGUCGGUGGCCAGUGCCAGUCACCUUAUGUCGCACGGCACAUUGCGAAGAAGAAGCUCCACUGGGAGCUGUCCGCUCCCGGCGGCUCAUCAACCGGCCCCGCAGUCAGCGUGGCUUCGGGAUUCAGCACUCUGGCCGUAGGAACCGACACGAUAGGCUCUCUGAUCACGCCUGCGAAUCGAGCCGCACUCUACGCGCUGAAACCAACCGUUGGCGAGAUUCCCAUGGACGGCAUUUUCUGUCUCUCGAAGACGUUCGAUUCCGCUGGCGGAAUGGCGAAGUCGGCCAAGGACUUGGUGGCCCUGAUGGAUGCCAUGAUGUUGCCGACAAGCAAAGAGACAGGGACCAAGAUGCCCAACACAUGUUUCCGGAUCCGCGAGGAUUGGGGGAACCUCAGGAUUGGAUUUACCGAGCCGACCAUCUGGAAACAGUGGCGGAAGAGUGGUCGGAUCAACGCCGAUGCCGAGCGCUUCAUGUUGCAGAAAUACGACUUGGUGGUACAGUCGCUGAUUCAGAUGGGCGUCGACAUUGUGUAUCCUGUGGAGCUGCCGCCGCAGUCGAGCCUAAAUUUAGAAGAUGGCACGAACAGCUUUGAACCCAUUGUUUACUCCGAGUUCAAAGAAUGCCUCGCAGAGUUCAUCCGCCAAUUCAAAGUCACAAAAGUCCACUCCCUAGCCGAAAUCAUCAACUUCAACCUCGAACACCCAGAGCUCUGCCUCCCACCUUCCUGCCCUACACAGAACGACCUCAUGGCCGCCCUCCAAUCGGGCGUCAUGCGCGAACAAGUCUCACACGCCCGCCAACACCUCCAAACAGCCGGCGGCCGCGACGGCCUCGACUACCUCUUUGCCGCCCACCAACUCGACAUCGUCGUCGCACCAGGGGACGCAGCCCUCUCGUCCCUCGCCGCCGCCGCCGGCUACCCAACAGCCGCAUGCCCGCUCUCGGCGCUCAAACUGAAUGGCCAACCCUUCGGCAUGACGCUCGCCUCGCGCCCGCACACGGAGCACCUCCUCCUGCACUUCCUGACGGCCUACGAAGCCACGUUCCCGCCGCGCGCGCUGCCGCUGCCCUUGUCCAGCGUGCCCCUGCAGUCGCCGAACCCGGAGCCCUUGCCCGAUAAACCCAUCAUCGAUCUCAUUCUGCAUGAGUGGGAUACGCGACGGUUUAGUUGUAGCGCGGAUGCGUUGGCGGAUUGGCUCAAUGCGCGCUGGAGGAAGAGCGGGUAUGAGUUGAGUGCUGAGACGGUGUGCGAGGUCCUGAGGAGUAAUGGGCGGAUUGCGUUUAGGGGGUUGGGGGAUGAUGCUGAGGGGGCUUUUGCGCGGUAGGUGGGGAGGGGAAAGAG